AUGGAAUAUUUUAAAAAAACUUCACCUGAAAAGUUUCGGUUCCUAGACUUUUACAGGUACCGCCAGAAGCAAGAUGAUUUUACCCGAUCUUUUCGAGAUGAGUCCGGCAAUCUCUGGCGUUGUUUGAAGUCACUGGUGAAAGAUGGAACACCUCAAGUCAAAGAGAACGCUACAGGUGUGAGGCUUGCUACUGAAGUCCCGAGAAGGGGUAACAUACUUCCAUGGCUACGGCGGGGGGUUCAACCCGCUUUAUGGUGGUUUCCCGUCAUGUUUCGCAAUUAUUGUGGAAGUAGGAGUCUCAUUUGCAGUCCUGAGAAGGGGUACAUACUCGCACAACUACGGCAGGGGGUUCAACCUGCCUUAUGGUGGUUUCCCGUUGUGAUCUGUCUACACUAUUUUAUGAUUGACGUUCACAUAUUUUGGCAACAAAUUGAGAAUGAAACGUCGAUUGAUAAUGCUGAGAUUACUCCUCAAAAGUUGAUGCUUUUUAAGGAAUCCGUUACCUAUCUACCAAAUCAUAUAAAGAUAGAUGUAAGUGAUGAAGGAAUGAUCAUAAAAGACAAUCAUACUUCGGAAGAAAUCUCUGGUAUAAUUCGUAAUUGGCUCAUAAUGGCAUUAACGUCACCGAAAGAGGAAUUUGUAAAAUCUACCAUGACUCCUUUAAGCUCAGAAGCAAGUCCAAAAGAUUGUGAUUUCGUCAAAUUUGCGAUUGAAUUGGAUUGUAUGAGGGAAGUGAAGAAGAUAUUCCCCCAGUAUUAUUUAACUAUAUACCAGGCUGAUGGUCUUGGAGUACGGAAUUCGAAUAAAAAGGAGGUUGUUUUUAUCGAAAUAUUGGGUGGGCCCGAAAAUACAGAUCAAAAAAAAUUAAAAGAAGAUUCAGAAAAGCUUCUGAAAGAAGCUGUAUUCGGUCUUGUUUCCCUAUUACGAAAUUAUUUGGAUAAAAGUGUCGAAGAAUCGAAGCAGUUAUACACGUUCAUGAUUCAGGGCAUCGGCGACCGGUUAACGCUCAGUAAAUUAUGCUUAAUAAAUAAGCAUGUUUACAAAAUUUCUCAGAUCAAAUCUGCAACCCUCCCAUUCGAAUUCAUUGAUGUGGCGGAUUAUUUAGCAGUCUUUGAAUUCCUUUAUAUUCUUGUGAGCGAGCUCGAAAUUCAAACGGGGGUAAUUAAUAAAUUAAGGUUAUCUGAAUCGGCCGAUGGCGUAAUUGUACCAAGAAUUCGUGAUUGGAUUUGGCUGCCAGAUUCGAUUUCUGCAUGGGAAUCGGAGCUAGUGACAAGUCAUAUCUAUUUUCGACUUUUUGAUGCACACGUCUCACAAAAUCACAUGAGCAAAAUUUUGACGAUGGCCCAUCACCAAAAGCAUAUAACCGAAAUUGUAAGUACUUUAGCAGAAACUGAGAUAAGUGCAUUUUCUGAGAAGUUAUCACCAGAAAAAUCAUCAGAAAUGAUUUCAGAGGAAUCAACCGAGACAAGUGCAUCAUCCAAUCCAACUCAUGAUCAUGUUUACUUUUGUAAUAAGAUAUUGUUGUGA